CGCAGUUGCUAUGCCUACUUGCCGGUUCUCCUCAGAUUGACGGGUCUAACAGCCAAUCAGCAAUGAGUUGGGCGGGUAUUGCGCUCCCUCGGAAAACUGCCCAGUAAAUUUGUACUACUACGAUCAAACCGCUCAGGGUGAGCACAAGUGCCGAACCGCCGCUGUGUUGACGGACCGGAGAUGGAAAAUAUAUGCUGUGGUGUCUGAAAACUCGGUACAGAUUGGUGUAACUCGGAGUAAAUAUGGCCUUUCAGGACAACUUCUGGGGGGAAAAGAAUGCCGGCUUUGACGUGCUGUAUCACAACAUGAAGCAUGGUCAGCUGGCAACCAAGGAGCUGGCUGAAUUUGUCCGAGAGAGGGCAGCCAUUGAGGAGACUUACUCGAAAUCAAUGAGCAAACUGGCAAAAAUGGCGAGCAAUGGGAGUCCACAGGGGACGUUUGCACCCAUGUGGGAUGUAUUCAGGGUGUCCUCCGACAAAGUGGCUCUCUGCCACCUCGAACUCAUGAAAAAGAUGAACGAUCUCAUCCGGGAAAUAAACAAAUACGGAGAGGAGCAGGUCAAAAUACACCGAAAGACGAAAGAGAAGAUGGUGGGGACCGUGGAGGCAGUGCAGGCUCUGCAGGUUCAGAGCAGUCACCUUCAGAAGUCAAAAGAGGGUUACCACGGCAAAUGUUUGGAGUUGGACCGGCUCAGAAAGGAGGGGGCACCACAGAAAGAACUGGAGAAGGCGGAGCUGAAGUCAAAGAAAGCGGCUGAAUCGUUUGCAUUGUGUAUCGAGAAAUACAACCGUGUGGGAGGAGAAUUUGAGCAGAAAAUGAGCGAGUCCGCUCAGAAUUUUCAGGAGAUCGAGGAAGCUCAUCUGCGGCAGAUGAAGCAGCUGAUGAAAAGUUACUCCCACUCCAUAGAGGACACUCAUGUCCAGGUGGGACAGGUACAUGAGGAGUUCAAGCAGAACGUGGAGAACAUUGGCAUCGAUACCCUCAUUCAGAAGUUGGCUGAACAAAAAGGCACGGGCAAAGACAGACCAGCUCCUGUUGGGUUUGAAGAGUGCAUGACGGCUCUGGCCCCUGAAGGCGGAAAAAAGAGUCGAGCAAAAGCUUUCAGGAUCCCUGGGCUCGGGAAGAGGGACAAGGAGCCAGGUUCUACGGAUUCAGCUGUGAUGGACGGAAUGAGUUCACCACUGGAAGUGGACGAUGAAGGAUUUGUCAUCCGAGCUGACGGCAAUCAGAAUGGCUGCUCUGAGGGGAAGGACAACACCUUCUACUCCAGCGAUUCGGACUUUGAUGAUGAGGAGCCCAAAAAAUUCCACAUCCAGAUCCGACCGGUGACCAGCGGCAAUCGCAGCAGCUCCGUGGCCACAGAGAAGGAGCUGAAAGCCACAGUGGGAGCGCUCACUCUGCCGCCAAACCGAGGAGCACGGCAGCAGGUUUCAACCAAACGAAUUCUCUCCAGAAACUCGAGCAGCGCAGGGGGCCGGUCAGAAGAAACAGAGGCUGCCUCUCACAGGGACGGAGAGCAGAGCGGCCUGUGCAGGUCCACUUCCAGUCCCAAUCACAGCAGAUUAAGUUCAACGGCGUCGGGUUCUGACGGCCUGUUUGGACCUCCGCUGGAGAUGGCCUUCAAAUCCAAAAGCUUUGAUAGUCAGGAACAGCUCAGAGAGCAGAACACUUUUGGAGCUUCUGAAUAUGCCGCCUUCUCAUCUGACUCUUCCUCCCCGGAGAAUGUUGAGGACUCAGGCUUGGACUCCCCCUCCCAUCAGCCUUUGGGACCCUCCCCUGAGCCGACGGGCUGGGCAGCUUGGCCCCCAGUGUCGCAGAGCAAGGAGCAGACACAAACCCUGGGGCGACCGGUGGACCCUUUCCUCUCUGCUUUUCACGAACCCACCCCUGGACGCAGUGCAAACUCACAGGACGAUUAUGCCUGGUCUGCCCCUUCCACACGCCCUUCCCGUGGCCCCCCAGAGAAGGACUCCGCCUCUCAGUUUACUGCCUUUUCUCAGUUCCCCCCACCUGAGAUGGAGCCUUCUGUGUGGAACUGCAAGCACAUUCCCACUGAGGACCCCUUCCUAGCCGUCUUUGAGAGGACGGUCACUCAGGAGACGUUGAACUUUUCCGACCCCUGGACGCGCCCUCCCCCCUGCCAGUCCCAGGAUGGCAGGGGCAAGGAGGCUCGCGGAGACCCGUUUACUGUCUCGCUCACAGACACCAAAACCCUCCCAACCCACUCCUCUUCGUCCUCAUCAUCCUCGUCUAACCGCAGAGACAGAAAGCGGGACCGCAGCCUCCCCCCUCCUGUCACCUCAGACGACCCGUUUGCAAUAACAAUGAUUGGCAGUCCAACUCAUCAGUCCUCUCUGGCUGCAGCAGCCGGGGGGGUGAUACCCCCCCUCCUGAGCUCCAGCGGCCCCACCGGCAGCAGCGGCAGCAGACCGGGGGCCGACUCCAGCUUGAACUCUUUACCCGAAGCCCAGCCAAAGAACGAGCCGCCGCACUGGAACUCUGUCCACAACCCAUUUAACGAGGUUUCCGGCUCCAAGUCACAGGAAGGAGGGGGCAAAGGAGAGACAAGAAAGGGGGGGGAGAGAAGAAAACAUCGAUCUUCGGAGAGCGAACCGCGCAGGAACGCCCCUCCCCUCACCAGGCAUUCAGGGCCCCAGGAGGACCUUUGUUUCUCAACAGACAAAGAUCAGGACUGCCUGAACCUGAACACGCAGAUCAGCUGCACCAUCAGCUCUCAGAGGGGCUCCAAACACAACUUCAGACAGGACACAGCUGACGUGGCGGCACCUGCUCCUCAGAAAGCGGCCCACGCCAAAAGGUCUUCAGGCCGCUUGAGCGGCUGUGAAAGGUCUCGGUCGCUAUGUUCUUCACCGCUGCCGGAGCCCACUCCCUCCUUCACCUCCUCUUCCUCCUCGAGCCCCAGCGAGUGGGGGACUCAGGUCCGAGAGUGUGAUUGGGGGGGGCAGAACCGUGGGCCCAGCCCUGCUAGAAUAGGACAAGCCUCCCCUCUGUCAUAUCAGCAUCAGGAGCUUCAGCAGAGGUCGUUGCAUCUGUCCAGAGGUCCCAGUCCCAUUUCUCUAAGUGCACAGGAGGCCUGGCCCGUAGCUGCAGCCAUAACCGAGUACAUCAAUGCCUACUUUAAAGGAGGACAGCACAACCGCUGCCUCGUCAAAAUCACAGGAGACCUGACCAUGUCCUUCCCAGCAGGAAUUACCCGCAUUUUCUCAGCCAACCCCAACAUUCCCAUUCUGAGCUUCAGGCUGGUUAACAUUUCAAGGAUCGAUCACUUCCUGCCCAAUCAAAAGCUGCUGUACAGCGAUCCGUCUCAGACUGAUCCCAACUCCAGAGACUUCUGGUUCAACAUGCAGGCUCUGCAGCUGCACCUGCAGAGGGAGGCUGAGCUCAACCCCCAGGCUUCGUACUACAAUGUCGGCUUGCUCAAGUAUCAGGUGUCAUCUCAAGACCCAGGUAGAGCUCCUCUCCUGCUGUCGGCCGAGUGUCAGCGGAGCGGCACAGUGACCAGAGUGUCCCUGGAUUAUCACUGCUGCCCCGCCACGGCACCCUCCACCCAGCUGACCUCUGUCCAGGUGCUGCUGCCUCUGGACCACGCCGCCACAGACGUGCAGUGUCAGCCCCCAGCCUCCUGGAACGCAGAGGAACGACGGCUGCUGUGGAAACUGCCCAACUUGUCCCCCACCAACCACAGCAAAGGCUCGGGGACGCUGUGUGCCAGCUGGCAGUGCCUGGAGGUUCCCCGAGGCCCCCCACCCAGCCUGGCUGUUCAGUUUGUGGGCUCUGGGACGUCGCUGUCGGGCAUGGGCGUGGAGCUGGUUGGCAGCCGCUACCGUAUGUCACUGGUCAAGAAGAGGUUUGCCACAGGAAAGUACAUGGCAGGCUGCUCUUUAUGAGCCCUGGCAGGGACCGACGAGGACCCGAGCUGGGAAAACGUUGCACUUUUCCAACCUUUUUGGUUGAAGUCAUCUUCUGCAGCCGUAACUCGGACAACAUGCACUUACUUCUGAUGGCGUCCUGCUGCUUUAGGACCAAAACUCUCCACCCUUCCCUCUGACUUUAAGGUUGUGUGUCGUAUGUUUGGUUGUUCUGCUCACGUCUUCUGGAUUUUCUUUGCCAGCCAAGCUAGCUGUCCUCUCUUGAUUUACAGAGGAAAGAACAUUCUUUUUUUUUGGAAUAACAUUUACUACAUUUCUGUCUUUUGCUGAGUUGCCAUGGAAACUAGGAUUUUUAAAUUAUGUAAAUAUUGUAUUUCAUUACAAUACUUAAAGAAAUUAAGAAAAAAAUGGUGGGGGGGGACUGUUUAUUUGUUCAAACUAAAAAAAAUUGUGAUGUUGCAACUUGAUUUGAAAAAAGAAAUAAAUGUCCUGA